CCACAAAGAACAUUCAUAGCUAUUUCUUCUUAAUUUCUGACCGGCCUUGUAAACAUUUGUCACAUAUGGUCGUUUUUAUUGGCAAUUGGACCAAACAAGCCUACUACACAAUUACCUUCAUUUCACCACCCCUUAAAUAUUUAUAAACAUAAUCUCAUUAAUCCUAAGAAAUUAAAAAUGGGUGAUCACAAUAAGAAAACUUUGGAGACAAAGCCAAGACUUGAGGAACUAUACCAAGGUAUUCCAGAUGAAUCUGUUAACCUUACUUUUCAAGAUUUACCAAAUGUGAUGAAAAAUUCCACAACAAAUGUACCAUCAUCACCUUCUCUUUCACCUAUGUCCAUGUCACCAAGUCAUGAUUUCAAGAAAGGCUUGAAAGUACAUUCCAAUCACAACUAUCAUCAAAAUUUUGGUCAUAGUGGUGCACAAAGUCCUCAAAAUAGGACUAGUGAGUAUAGUAUGGGCUACGAUGCAAUGAGUGGUGAAAGUUUGGCUUCGAGAAAAGGCGGUGCCGUUCGACGAAGGCGACCUGGGAUUCCUCACUCUAAGAUUUGUGCCAUUUGCAAUGACUAUGUUUAUUUUUUCAGGACUAGAUGUCUGGUAUGUGGCAGGGUUUAUUGCAAGCAGUGUGUGGAAAUAGGUAUGGGAGAAUUGAGAGAAGGAAGAAAGUGUAUUGAGUGCCUUGGAUUGAGAUUCAGCCAAAGGUACAUAGAAAGAGCAGGGUUGCUGGGGUGUUUAAAUUGGAGGUAUCCAACUACAUUAAAGCAAACUGAACUCAAAUGGGCUGAGAAAGGACCAAGGAGGAGUGGUGACAAAGGCUAUGGUCACAUCUCAAGAUCAAUAACACCUACAACUCCAAAGAGUCCUUUAUCUAUUGCUACCAAUGAUGCCUCCUUUGUCAUUUCUUCAACAUAUUCUCCUUUCUCUCCUCAUCAUCGCCUUCCCCUCUGAAAACAACUAGAAUUAAUUUAAGAGUAAAUUCUCAAAUUCGUUUUUAAAAUCAUAGUAAUGUAUCAAUCUACUUUCUCACAUUUUUAAAAUUUUAAAAUAAUCUAUGAAAUUAAUUUUUUAUAAUCAAA